AUGCUUGGACACAUACCAUUACAGAGUUGGCUGCGUCUGUUGGAGCUGCUGGCCCUCCUGUUCUCUGGAAUCUCUAGUUCACCGAUAUUUGCUAUUGAAGCAGAGCGAAAUAUAAGCGGUUUUAUCCACAAUGUCAUAAAGCAUUUGCAUUCUCGUGAGGCUUUUGAGAGUUUUGUCAUCUUCGAGACGAAUCGUGAUCUUUUGGGUCCACCGCAUAUAAUUCAUCAGAGUCUGGAGUAUUUACUGGUCACGGAUCUGGGUGUGCCGAUUGUCAAUUGGGGUCUACGACCCAAUGUUAGCCUGCGGCAUUUGUUGGGCUAUAGAAGCAUGGUCUUUGUUCCGAUUGGCAGUGUGUUACCCUCAGAGGAACCUGUAUUGCGAGUCCUGACCGAUGCCCUUUCGGGUCUACAACUGAAUCAGCUGCUAUUCAUCUAUAGGGGACUGAAAAAUUAUCCACCCUCAAGGAAACAAUUGAAAUCAUUUUUCAACUGGUGUUGGCAAAAUAAAUUCCUGAAUGUUUUAAUGAUUUUACAUCGAAUUGGAUUACUAAAUGUCAAUGGAAAUUUCAAAAUUAAUACCUAUCAUGAGGUUAUGAGUUACACACCAUUUCCCGUUGUCACAUUACUCAAUAUGACGGGAAGACAUUACAAUGGAUUUGGAAUUGUCCAUAAUGUUCGUGGCUAUGAAUUUCAUACUCCUGUUUUUCAAGAUGCUCCCACAGUAUUUCAGCUCUCUGACGGCCGACUUUCUGGUAAUGUUGGCGUUCUCUUUUCCGGCUACGUUCAUCACAUUAAGGGAAGACUUAGCCUACGGCGAAUACCGAAUGUGAAUAGGUACAAUUACCAUGACCAUACGCUGCUGGCCGCAGCUCGAGGCGAGAUCGAAAUGGGCGUGCAUCCAUAUUCCCAGAUGGUGCCACAUUCAGAGCUGACAGCAGGCAGUUUUCCGCUUGGCACAACGAAUGCUUGUCUGAUGGUGCCAUGGCAAAGGCAGUCACCUCCGGCAAGAUUCAUGAAGUUUGCCAUCCAUGUAAAUGGUUGUUUUCUACUUGUUCUACUGCUGGCCAUGAUGGUGACCUGGCAGCUUUGGGCAAAUGAUGGUUCGCGAGGCAUCUACCUGGCCUUUGCUGUCUUUUAUCUACAGUCAUUGCAGACAUCCAUUUUCCAGAGACUAACAGAUGCAUACAAGUGCAUUCAUGUGGCCGCCCUUUUGGCCGCCUUUGUGCUCUGGACCAUGAGAAUGGGUAAUCUUUCAUCAAUUUUCAGUGCCCAGGUAGGUGGACCACAGAUCGACACCGUGCAAGAUUUCUUAGAGUCUCCAUUGCGCAUCAUGUUGACAAGUAGCGAGGUCUCCAUGUAUUUCACAGCUAAUCGUUUGCCCAGCGCACUAAAGCAUCGCCUCCUGGUGGUCAAUAGCUCCACAUUAAUCCAUCAUCUAAAUACUCUAAAUACAAGUUUCGCCUACUGCAGCAAUGCGGAGCACUCUCAGUUUCUCCAGUUGCAACAAAGGCGCUUGCGUCGCCCACUUUUCCGCCUGGCCAGUCCAAAUCUCUGCACUCCUACCUAUUUCCUGAGAUUUCCCAUUCAAAAUAACUCACCAUUCGAACAGAGUUUCUACAGAUUUUAUAUAUUUGCCCAACAAUUUGGUUUCUGGCGUUACUGGCGACUCGAUAGCUAUAGAAAAUCAAUUGAAAUGGGUUUAGUUCCCGUACUUGAGGAUUCGGAUGAACCAUUCAAAAAGUUGACUCUGAGCGAUUUUCAAUUGCUAUUGAAAAUGUAUAUCGCAUCGUUGAUGGGCUGCAGUUUGAUUCUUCUAGGAGAGAUCAUGUGGAAUCGAUGCAGGUAG